AUGGAUCCCUCACGUGGAUCGCGCUUUUUGGACCCGGCGGUGGCUGCCCUCUCCAAGCAUAAGGCCGAAGCCAUAAAGCUUGCUCGUGAACAGGGUGUUGCUGUCCGAGAAAUGUGCCGCAGAGCCAAAACAAACACACCCCCUUAUGAAUUCGAGGAGUUGAUCGGAAAGGGAUCAUACGGACGCGUCUACAAAGGCCACCAGCUUCCCUCCAGUAAGGUCGUUGCCAUCAAGGUGAUGGAUAUCGAUUCUGUGGACUAUCAAACUGUUCGUGACUUCAGAGAUGAGUCAAUCAAGGACUUUAUCCACGAAAUUAGGGUGAUGAAGCAGGUCAAGGACGCGGGUGCGAGGAACAUCAACGAACUAAUCGAGGCAAUCUCCAUCCACUCCCAACUAUGGCUGGUUUGCGAAUACUGCCCUGGUGGUAGUGUUAGAACCUUGAUGCGAGCGACCGGCGACCGGCUUGAGGAAAAGUUUAUCAUCCCUAUCGCUCGGGAGCUUGCUGCUGGGUUACGCGCCAUUCAUGAUGCCGGCGUCAUCCACAGAGAUAUCAAAGCUGCCAAUAUCUUGAUCCACGAGGAGGGAAGGCUGCAAAUUUGUGACUUUGGUGUCGCCGGAGUGCUUCAAUCUCAGAUGGACAAGCGGUCCACUUGGAUUGGGACACCACACUGGAUGCCGCCCGAGAUGUUUGCGACUCGCGGUGAAGCCCACAAGUACGGUAGUGAGAUUGAUGUUUGGGCCUACGGUUGUACCCUGUUUGAAUUUGCCACGGGCAAUCCCCCUAACUCGAAUCUUCGCGAACGUAUGCAGAUCGGCAGACAGAUCACUCGCAACACUCCGAAGCUGGACACCGAUAAAUAUAGCGACGGUCUUAAGAGCAUCGUUUCAUUUGCCCUGGAAUCCAACCCGGUCACUCGCCCUGGUAUGGCAGAUAUAUUGACACACCCUUACGUUGCUGAUACUGAGGACGCAUAUCCUACUGCGUCCCUCAGCGAGCUGGUCCGCAUCUAUUAUCAAUGGUCACAGCGUGGUGGUCAGCGCAUUUCUCUCUUCCACCCUGGAGGUGCUGCUGCUGCAGAAAUCCCCGGCAAGAAACAAGAUUAUGAAGAGGACUGGAACUUUAGUACGACAGAUGGUUUCGAGCGUCGCUUCUCAGUUAUUGAUCUUGACCAACUGGCCGCCUCUCUGGCGGAGAUGGAAGAUCAAAUUAGUCCAACCACGGUGCCUAGCUCGGAUCAUGAAUCAUCUGAGGACGGAUCGGACAAGGACAUGACGCCGGAGGACAAAGCAAACUUUGACGAGCGUGUGCGUCGGGGAGCUGCGGCGAUGGAGGGUCUCUUCGAUGAAGACAAGCCAAGCUACAAGUAUGAAACCAAGAAUGACUUCGUCCCAAUCGAGCCAAAAGCCCCUACGUCGGAUCUUCCGCUUCGCACUGAUACCGAUCGAUCAUCAGUCACCUCGACAUUUAUUGAUAUUGACAUUGGCUCCUUUGAUUCUUCACACUAUGCUGCCGGAGCAACCUCAGCCCAGCCAUUUCAACUUGCCGAUGCGGAUACUAUUCGAGCGAAUCGGACGAGUGGACGUCAGCACCGGAACUCUGUUGAAGGCCGUUCGCGUUCGUCCAGCAGCGGUGUGAGUAGCAACCGGGGCUCCGAAGAUAUGACAUUCCAGCCCCAGACUGGGCCUCGUCCUCCUACAAUGGACUGGAAGUUUCCUGUGUUCAUGCAACCUCCAACGGAGGAGGCUGAGCCAGCCAGCCCACCAGAACCAGAGACAAAGCCGGCUGAGCCCGACACAUCCGAUAAACGAGCAACUAUGGAAUGGACAUUCCCCGUCAUGACAGCUCCGGCAAAUGAUGGGGGCGCCAGCAGCGACAGCUUUACGGAUACUAGCCAGUAUGAUACACUGAAGGCACCGAUUGUGGAGAGCCAACCUUCAGCCACAGUCCGGCGCUCUAGUAUUGGUGAGCCCGGGGACUCCCGGCCAUCUACGUCUCGAUCCGGCGAGUCCAAUGGAUCUGAGACUGACUAUGACCCCUUUCGCUUUGAUCGACCUUCCACACCACCCAGUCAGGCGCCCGCGGACCCAAAAAGUCCUGAAUAUCCCCAGUUGCUGAAUACGUUCAAGUAUCCUAACUACGACCAGUCCAUCAUUAUGGACGGCCCUGGUCCAGAUGAAGAAGAGGAGACGGAUGACGUUUGGCAGAAGCCUUCUGAGAACACGGACGAUCCCUCUUUGUCUGAACCCUUCCCGACCGCAAUCCCCACCAAAAGCAUCGACCUCAGCCUCCCCUUCGUCCCGUCUGCUAGUUCCUCCGUAUCGGACUCUUUGCCUACGGCUCGGACCAAUUUUCCUUCGCUCACCACUGACGAUGGAGAGCCGAUCCUGUUCCCCGAGCUCCCUCUGCCUCAGCUUGAGCUCUUCAUGGCUGGUGCGAACGACCACGCGAUAGCUGGGGAGUUGGAUCGACUGUUAGAAAGCUUCAUUGACUCGUUGAAUUCCACCGGACAGGCUUUAUCUAGAGUCAAACUUGGUCCGGAGGUGAAAGAGGAGGUCAAACCAGAGGCUGAGUAG